CGUGCGCGCUCUCUCCGAACCUUUUCCCGGGAGGAGGAGCGAGUGGGAAGGCCGGCUCCUCUCAGCUCCGGUGGAAGAGCGGCGGAGGCGCUGGGCGGAGCUCCAGGGCUGGCGAGCGGGCUGCGGAGGGGCCUGAGAGCCGCUGUGGAGCUGCGGACUGCUCGGGCGGGCAGGCAGGCAGGCUCGGCCAAAGGAGUCCGCGCGUGCUCGCUGAGCUGUACGCUCCGGCGGCUGCGCUGCUAGCCAGUGGCGCGGUCGCGCCGGGGUCUCCAGCAUGACUGAGCUGAGGCAGAGAGCGGUUCGUGAGCCGGACUCACCGCCCGAGGACAAGGAGUCAGAGUUAGAAGCAAAGGUAGAUGGAGAGACUGCAUCGGACAGUGAGAGUCGAGCGGAACCAGCUCCCCCACCAACCUCCGUAGAUGACACCCCAGAGGUUCUCAACAGAGCCCUUUCCAACUUGUCUUCAAGAUGGAAGAACUGGUGGGUGAGAGGCAUCCUGUCUUUGGCCAUGAUUGCAUUUUUCUUCAUUAUCAUAUACUUGGGACCAAUGGUUUUAAUGAUGAUUGUAAUGUGUGUUCAGAUUAAGUGUUUCCACGAGAUAAUCACUAUUGGCUACAAUGUCUACCACUCCUAUGACCUGCCCUGGUUCAGGACCCUCAGCUGGUACUUUCUACUGUGUGUAACAUUCUUCUAUGGCGAGACAGUGACGGAUUACUUCUUCACCCUGGUCCAGAGAGAGGAACCUUUGCGGAUUCUCAGUAAAUACCAUCGAUUCAUUUCCUUUACUCUCUAUCUAACAGGAUUCUGCAUGUUUGUACUGAGUCUGGUCAAGAAGCAUUACCGACUGCAGUUCUACAUGUUUGGGUGGACCCAUGUAACAUUACUGAUUGUCGUAACUCAGUCACAUCUCGUUAUCCACAAUCUGUUUGAAGGAAUGAUCUGGUUCAUUGUCCCCAUUUCUUGUGUGAUCUGUAAUGACAUCAUGGCCUAUAUGUUUGGCUUUUUCUUUGGUCACCCACUCAUCAAGCUCUCUCCAAAGAAGACCUGGGAAGGCUUCAUUGGGGGCUUCUUUGCUACUGGUGGUGUUGGCCUUCUGCUGUCCUACGUGAUGUCCGGGUACAGAUGCUUUGUCUGCCCUGUGGAGUACAACAAUGAUACCAACAGCUUCACUGUGGACUGUGAGCCCUCGGAUCUGUUCCGCCUGCAGGAGUACAACAUUCCUGGAGUGAUCCAGUCAGUCAUUGGCUGGAAAACAGUCCGGAUGUAUCCCUUCCAGAUUCACAGCAUUGCCCUCUCCACAUUUGCCUCACUCAUCGGCCCCUUUGGAGGGUUCUUCGCAAGUGGAUUCAAACGAGCCUUUAAAAUCAAAGACUUUGCCAAUACCAUUCCUGGCCACGGAGGUAUCAUGGAUCGCUUUGACUGCCAGUACCUGAUGGCUACCUUUGUCAAUGUGUACAUUGCCAGUUUUAUCAGGGGCCCUAACCCAAGCAAAUUGAUUCAGCAGUUCCUGACCUUGCGACCAGAUCAGCAGCUUCACAUCUUCAACACACUCAAGUCUCACCUGACUGACAAGGGAAUUCUGACAGCCACCACAGAGGACGAGUAGGGGCCACCAGGGUAGAGAGAGCAGGAGUAGAACUGAGUGCAGGGCAGGUCUCCAAGGCAAGCCCAACUGCUGUGACUUCAACUCACUCACUGUCUUUUUUUUUUUUUUUUUUUUUUUUUUUUUGGGUAGAGUGUGUUUUAAUUUGUGUUUUAAACUCUGUAUAUACUGUCUAUAUGUUUAUGAUUUGGAUUGUGAGUAAACUGAAGUUGAGUUGGAAAGAAGUCAUUUGGGUAUGUUAAACAGAAGUACUGAACAACCUGGAAGACAUUGUUGCCCAGCUCAGGAUGUGUGCUUGGAGGUUUUAUCCCCCAUCCAUAUCAGGCUGUUUCUGGACCCAGUCAGAGUGGCCAUUCAUUUGUGUGCAGCCAUUCACUUGGCUCUCCCACUAGUGCUGGGGGCAUGGCUUGGACGCCUUUGCCGUACUUGACAGUUUUCAUUGGCUCUUCUCUACCAGUGCCUGCCUGGGAGCUGUGAAGGGUUGCCUUCUCUAGGCUGGAGGGAUGGAGGCUUAUUGAACAGAUGAGCUUUCUGUCCACAUUGAAAUCCUGCAGAGGCUAAAAGAAGUUCUGCUUUAUAUAUGGUUUCACUUCAUUUCAGACUGAAAGAAGGAUUUAGUUUUUAUUUUUGAAAGCACGAAAAAUUAUUUAUAAUAGUCUGGAGAAAAACCACACUGUAAUAUUUCAAGUGUAUGCAGUAGAAGCACUGUAACUGAGCCCCUUCCCAUGAUUUAGGCUCCAGUGUCUCCUGGAGGACAGUUGAGUAAACUGUAUCUUUUCAGGGCUGAGGCCGUUGGCAUUUGUGCUGUAGACUUGCUGCUGAGUCCUUCCUGGGGGCCCUCAUUUGGGGUCCUCCCCGGAGGCAGGGAGAGAGGGCUUUUGGUUUGCACGCCCCUGGCUGAACAUGAUAUAGCUGCUGUGUUGUGUAUAUAUUACUCUCGAGGCAAGCGUGUGUCUGUUUUUUCUAAAACACCCUUAUUUCUUACCGUGAUUUCAGUUAUACCAUGACUUGUUCAUUGAAACCACAAAGUCCUGCUUCAAACUAUGGCAAAACUAACCUAUGAGAGACCUGGCUAUUCUGAAGAUUAAAUGUAUACUUUUUAUAUAAUGUGACCAGUUUAAAUGUAGUGUGUGUUUUACUGGGGGACCUUUUGUUGUAGUUACUAUUUGUGUAAACUGAUUUAUUUUUUCCCCCUCCCUACUCAUCAAGGCCAGAUGGACUUUGGGAAGACAGAUUAGUUCUUUGUCUGGCCAGGCCAAUGCGUAGUCGAGCAUGGGGGAGAAAACCUGGUGUCCAAAUGUGUUAAAAUGAUUCCGUGGCAUGGUGUGCUUUCAUUGCCAGUGACAGCAUGACUUGCUUCAGCACUUUGGUCUGUUUUGAUUUAGGUUGUGAGUAAACUACAGCUCUGAGUUAGAAAGUCACUGGGGUCAAAUCAUGGGGUUUUUCAAACAAAGUAUGGAAGAACCUGGAAGAUAGUGUUCCCUGCUUUGGAAGUCUGGUUGGUUCUAGCCCCUGGUGUCUGGUAUUUUUAAGUUGGCCUUACUGCCUCCUGACGGCUCGUAAUCAGCCAGAUGACUGAAGCAUCCACAGGGGAUAGAGCCCUCACAGUGUUUGACCUCACACAUCUGUGAUCCCCCUCUGUGGGUGUGGAGUUGAAGCAGCUUUUUUUCUGUGAACUGUCACUUUUCUUUCAGCUUCAUGGCUUUUCUUUUUCAGGUUUAAGGUCCCCUUAAGAAUAAAACAUGGUAGAGGUUUCCAUUCUGUCUAUGUGUCCCUGGGCAGGACACAUCACUCUGGGGUCCUCAUUUUCUCAACUGCUUCUGUUACACUAUUCUGUGACUUCCCCAGAGCAAGUUCUUAUCAUUAAAUGCUCCUGCAGGUCAUGUCCUGGGUGCCCAAAAAGAAAAUGCUUUGAGGUCUUUUCUAAAUGCUUAUCCUCAAGAUGAUUCAGCAUCUCAGUGACUAAUCUUCAACAGUGAUUAGGAGCGAAACUAUUUUUCUGAUUGAAAAAUGAACUUGGAUCACCAGACUAGGUACAGAAGGGUACCUCCUUUGUCUCUUGUGGCCUCAUUGUGGGUAUAUGGUGGGUCCUUAAUAACAGGGGGUUCUUCUCAGCUGGUGCCCAGGAGCAGAGACCCACUCUGAAGCAAGGCUGCCUUUGGGAUGGGGGAGCCUGGGACCAGCAGCUGAGGCUUACCCUCCUUGAUGGAAGUGGUCACAGGGGGGAUCCUGGGUAACUAAAGCUGGAUACUCACUAGAGCUGCCAGCAAGAGGCCAGAGUGGCAGCUGUCUCCUUCCCGCACCCCCCCCCCCCAUUUCCCUAAGUGCUUUCUAAUGAAGGAGGAAUUUAUCAGGUGGAGAGGAGAGCAACGCCACUUUGUCAGUAUUGUGGUGUGUGUUUCUCCCACUUGCAGACAUGUUUCCAGAGACUAUUUUAACGUGCUCCCAUGCAGAUCUUGGUGACUUGCACAGCUUGCUUUAGACCCAUUUUUUUUUGGUCAAAAAUAAAAUAUGACUGAAAUUAUGUGCCCUCCCUUGUCAUGAAUCCAGUGUUUGUCACCUCCAUGCAUAGUCGUAUGUGUCCGCUUGUUUAUGUAUUCAUAAAUAGUGCGUAGUCCCAAUUUAGAGAUUUUUGCUUUGUUUUGCAAUUUGUAUUCCAUACAUUCCCAGCAGCCUUCUGAGGUAACUGAGAGAGCCAUGAGCACCUUCCCAGAAGAGAGCAUUCCCAGGGUGAUGAGGUGGAGUUGGGACUCGCUCCAUUUCACACUGUGAGUCCCACAGGACAGGGAUGGCUGGUCCUUCAGCUGACUCCACCUGAAAUGUUGCAGCAUUCUUCCUGGCCCCUGCCAGGUUGGGGCUUAAAUUGCCAUUGACUCGUUACUGGUGAAGUGAGGAGAUGACGAGCUAACCAGGGCUGACAUGGAGGCCUGGUCCUGGGCAUCCCUGGAGAGUUCCACUCGGGCUGCUCCAAGUGCUCUUGGGGCACGGAGGUUUCCCUUUGCCAGUGUGUGCCACUCUCUUAACAUCCUCCAACACCAAAAAAGCACACAAUUGUGUUUACUCCUGAAGUGAAGCCUUGAAGGCAGCCGGGUCUUAUUAUGUUUAUUACUUUUUUGCCUAUUUCCUAUUCUGAAACAUUUAGUAGCUAUAGUAAAAUCACAUUUAAAAUGUAUUUAUUCUUAAUGUUGUAUAGUUCUACAGUGUAUGUGAGGGGUGAAGUGUAACUUUAAACCUUACACAAUUGAACUUAGAAACAGGCUUUUAUCCUGUAACUUGACCUACAUUAUUCAAGAAAAUUCCAAAAAAUAUCUUUUGAGAGAGAGAAUACAUAGACCCUGUGAUUUGGGUCUAGGCUAAUUGCAGAAUUGGCAGGAGGCUUAUUUGAAUGGAUCUCUGAGUUCAGAUCCUCAUCAUGGGUCUCAGUAAGCUCAGGUCCAUCCCCUGUUGAGUGUAGAUGGGGGAGGAUGUGAAUGACUCAAGACACAGAGUGUCCUUCCUAGGAAGACUGCAGCGUGUUCCUUAUGAAGCCAUCCCUAGGUAGAUUUCCAAGGGAGAUUUUUAUCUCUGUUCAAACCUCUCCCUGUUCUAGUAAUAUCUUAGGUACCUUGUCUUCCGUCUUUCAGAGUAACUCCACAGUUGUGCACGUUGUGCUUACAUUUGGGGAAAGGGGUGAAGUGGGAGGGGGUUCCUUUUCUUCCCAGGUCAGGGUGGGGGAUGUCCAGGUGACUGUCAUAGACACGUCACACGACAGUAAGCUGGUUGUGGACUCUAUACUUAUCUGGAGCACAGGACUCCACAAAGGGCAGCAGGGUCACACUGUCAGUGAAUUCUUGGUCAGAACUUCAUAUUCUUUUUUUAUUGUGGUCAGAGUGAAUUUCCUUUUCCCUUUAUCUCUCUCCUCAGGGUUUCCCAGCUUCCAGUUUUUAAAGAGAUUAACAGCUAUGACUGCCUGACUCAGUUUGUUGUUGGAUGGAGGCCUAAUGGCACAAUCCACAGAAGGUGCUGGGGUUUAGAUCCAGUGGUGACAAGGGUCCUCAUUUAAGGGCUCUGCUAGGCCCCUUUCCCCUUGAGCCUGGACGCUCCCAACCCACAUCCCUUGAAAGGUGACCCCAUCCUCAUGAACAGAUGAUUUGCUACUGUUUCCCUUUGAGUGUGGCCCACCUUUCUGCCCCUUCCAUUUCCUGUAUUCCUCACUUCAGGUUUACCGUGGUGACCUCUCCUACUCUCAAGUGGCUGUUCUCACUAGCACUGCCCCUUGAUUGGGCAGGGCUCUCACCUGUUCGAUUGAUGGGGAUCAUAUUUCCGAAGGACAGACAUCUCAGUUUUGAGGACAAUUUAGGAGGAAUAUUUUGGAUGCUGGAAUGUUGGGGUUUUAGGACAUGUAGGUGAUUUAUGAGAAUAAAAAGGCAAAAUAUGUGAAGUCCAAGGUUUUAUUGCCAGUGGGUUUCAAAUCCAUUGGUUGUUGAAAGCCCUUGCCCACACUCCUCUUAGCUUCAGGCUCCUCUUUAUUCUCAACUAGCACGAUACCAUCAGUGUGUUUAUUAAUGAUUGUAAUCACACAGUGCUUAAUGUGUGCCAAAUACAGUCAGUGCUGAAAGUUUGCAUACAUUAUUCCCUUAAAUACAGAAACCAGCCUUUGAUUAGGUUCCCAUUUUACAGAUGAGGAAACUGAAACUCAGUGAGGGAGGCUUCAGUUUCAGGAAGACACUGUUUCAGGAAGUGGUCAGGAAGACAGACUUCAGUCUUGGAUAACACGAACUCUGGGCAAAUUAUUAGUCUGCUGUCAGCCUCUACCUCUGACCCAGUUGGGAUGAAAGUGGUUAUGAGAACUUAAUGGGAUAAUGUGUGCAAACAUUUAGCUCAGUGCCUGGCACAUAGUAAGUGCUCAAUAAAUAGUAGUUAUUUUUUUGAGCUCAGCUGGCAGUUUGACCCACACUGGCAUAAUACCAGAGACUGGGUUCUCAGCCAUCACACUGCCACUUCCCUAGACACAGCCUGAUGCUCAUGGUUUGGAACGGGACCACACAGCCCUUCUGAGAGAAACAGUCUGACCGUAGCACCCCUCUUCAGCAUCUUUGUGGUUCACACAUUAUUUAGGAGGCAAACCUGACCAAAGGAAAGAGAACUUUAGGAUGUUCAGAAUUCUCAGUUCAUAGUGGGAAUGGCUUGCCUCAGAGUUGCCCACUUGCUCUGACCAUAGUUUGGACUUCCCAUGGGACGGUCUGCUCACUCUGGACUCUACUUCCUGCCCUGGCUUAGCUCUGUGCACACAGCUCAGGAACCUGUAGUACCCUAGUUGGUUUCAGGGGCCAAGGAGAGUCUGCUGCAGCAGAUGACAACUAGAAGCCUAGAAGCUCUGCUCAUACCCUUAAGCUGUAACCAGUCCGCCCUGUUUCAUUCUUUCAUGAAGGUACCAGUAGGAUAGAGCAGUGACUCUUGAGGACAGGUGAUGUGGCUUGUUUCUCUUGGGUUCUAGGUUAGCAUAGGAUCAAAUGGAUUAUUCAUGAACAAAAGGAGAACAGGCACUGGAUUGAGCGAAAAAUCUUUAUCUUAGUUUCUGAAUGGAGACAAGGGAGUUGGGGGAUGUGUUGAAGUGGAAGGUUCCUCACUUUGAAGGAAUGGUGUUGGCCGGUGGGACUCAUGGAAUUCUUCCACUGGUUGAAUAAUGACUCAGAACUGAUGGCUUGAUUGUGGACUAUUUCCUGCGGGUAGUGAGCCCCUAAGGCCCAUUGCUAGAAUUUAAAUAAUGGUCUCUCCCCUUUAGUUCAUGAUAGAAGUGAUGAUGAUGACAGUGGUUGUGGAGGUUUUUAGUUAGCAGCUGCUGUGACACCCUGAUCUGGGCUUGUCCUGGAGACCCUCAUGUGCUAGCCCUCCCUCAUUGUGCUAUCUGCCAGGCCCAGGCAGCCCGUUAUCUGGAGCUGGUGGCUGGACACUGGGGGAAGGCCUUCUGGACACCAGGCUGACUGUUCUGUAAUGCUCUCCCAGGCACUGGUAUCAGCCCCUAGAGGACUUCCCUCGCAUGUAGCACCACCUGGUGAUCUCUUCCCAAGUGAAAUUGUGUUUUCUGGGGUGAGCCACACAGCCAUCCCUGUCCUCUGUAUUGGAAUACCUUCUCUCACCUCCAUUAGGUUCAUGCACAGGUUCUCCUGGGUUUUCUCAACACCAGUGUACAGAAGGGGCUAAGAAUGAAAGUGGGCAGAACAUGUGAACAUUUUUGAGUGUCCUUUGUGUGUGGUUCCUUUGAAAUCCUCUGUACACAGAGCUAGGAGCUUCAGUAAGCUGUGUUUCUGCCUUACAGUAUGCUGGCUGGGGUCUGGGGCUGAUUCCAGAGACAAAGAGCUGGGCAAACAUCAGGGGCCAAUGAAACCAAAGGACUUGGAGGCAAGAGAGCAGAUCAGGGACUGGGAGGCAGCAAUUUAUUCUUGUCUAAAGGACUUCUGAGAAACCCAGGGGCCAGAGCAAGGGCCUGGAGUCCUGCACUGAGGACGGACUCUAACAGAAGCCAGCUGAGUGCUCACUGACCCCAGUAUCUUGUGGGUGUGGGGACCAGAAAACAACUCAGAAAACCUAUCUGGGGUGAUUUGAAGCUCAUGGAUUAUCUUCUAACACUGAUACCAAAUUUUAAUUUUUAUUUAAUACCUUCCCAAACAAGAGGGGAAGGCCAAAAUGGUAGAGACAGGGCAGAACACCUCCAGGGCAGAUUCUUGACUCUUCCUUUUGUGUGGAGGGACCUGGUGGCAUUGAGUUGUCUGGCACUGGAUAGGCUGGGUGUGGACAGUUUUCAUGUCCUCAGACAUGGCAGUCUGGAAGCAGCUCUUGGGUGCGUGGAGUCCAUAUGAGUCCUUCAGGUCUCCCCAGAUAGGCAUGUGCUUGUGCGCUCCUACUGUGCCGUUUACCCACCUUGAUGUUUCACUAAAUCAGUGUUUUUUGCCACAGCUGAUCUUUCUCUGUGCACUUCUGAUUAGUGUUGAACAAUACACGUAGGUUCUUUUUGAACAGAGUGUAAGAACAUGAUAUACUGUACAUUGAGAAGUAUUUACCUUAUUUAUAUACCUGAGUGUUCCUACUACACAAAUAAACAUAUAUUAAAUUCUA